AUUUUAAUGUAACAAAAAAUGGCGGCCAGGGUUCGGAGGUACGGGAGAUGAAAGGGCCCACCUCGGACCACAAGAUGUCCGUGUUCGUGCCCACCCCGUCGCUACACCAGCUGGUGACGGAGCGCGAGCCACCGGAGGACGACGAGAGCCUCAGCCCGUCGUACCCGCCGCCCCGACCCUCGCCGCAGAAGUCCCUCCUGUCCCGGUCGCCGCGCAUGUCCCCGCGGAGGGGCUUGUCGCGGGCGCUCAGCGGCGCCGCGGACCACGACCACCACCACCACCGCCACCACGACUCGGACCGCAGCCCCGACAGGCACGGCGGCUCGCACGGCGGCUCACACGGCGGCUCGCACGGCGGCGACAGCUCGCCGAUGUCGCUGCUCUCGACGAACGUGUUCGACAUCGACUGGAAGCUGUGGUGGGCAGAGCGGCUGCGGCAGGUGGACGCGCGGAUGCAGAGAGAGCGCCAGAACGCGGAGGCGCGCAUGAUGCGCGAGUGCCUGUCGCUGACGGCCUUCAGUCUCGGUGCGCAGCUCCUGCCGAACCUCCUCGGCGUCAAGCAGACCAGCAGCGGCUCCGCGGCGUCUUUGAUCAGCAUCCCCAGCACCGCGGCCACGGCGGGCGGGUCGUCGUCCUUCGCCUCGUCGCUGCUGUCGGGCCCGUGCCGCCCCCGGCUGCGGAUGCCAGAGCCGCCAGGGCCACGAGGGCCGCGCGCCGUGGUGUCCGGCGGCGGCAUCUCGUCCAGGGCCUCGCGCAGGGUCUCGUUCUCGGAAAUCGGCUACUCGCUCACGGCCCAGCCGCCGUCCUCGGCGCACAGCAAGCCCAGGAGGCCCGGCGACAAGCGACCCGUGGUGCUGGAGGAGCCGUCCGCUUACCUGCGCUUCCUGCGGAGAUCGGACCGGAACAACUUCCGGCCAGCCUGGCGUCCGCAGCUAGACGACAUCCUGAAGGACACACGCGCGGACCAG